CUCGGGCGCGCGCAUGCGCGACGGGCCUCGGGCGCGCGUUGGCAGGUGUCUGGCGGGUGGCGGCGGGCGAUGGGGCGACCGGCGCUGCUGCUGCUCGCGCUGUGCGCAGCUGGCGCCCGGGGACUCUACUUCCACAUCGGCGAGACCGAGAAGCGCUGCUUCAUCGAGGAAAUCCCCGACGAGACCAUGGUCAUCGGGAACUACCGCACGCAGAUGUGGGACAAGCAGAAGGAGGUCUUCCUGCCCUCGACCCCCGGCCUGGGCAUGCACGUGGAGGUGAAGGACCCCGAGGGCAAGGUGGUGCUGUCCCGACAGUAUGGCUCCGAGGGCCGCUUCACCUUCACUUCCCACAUGCCCGGCGACCAUCAGAUCUGCCUGCACUCCAAUUCCACCAGGAUGGCUCUCUUCGCUGGUGGCAGACUGCGCGUGCACCUGGACAUCCAGGUUGGGGAGCAUGCCAACAACUACCCCGAGAUCGCUGCCAAGGACAAACUGACCGAGCUCCAGCUCCGAGCUCGCCAGCUGUUGGAUCAAGUGGAACAGAUCCAGAAGGAGCAGGAUUACCAGAGGUAUCGUGAAGAGCGCUUCCGUCUCACCAGUGAGAGCACCAACCAGAGGGUCUUGUGGUGGUCCAUUGCUCAGACAGCCAUCCUCCUCCUCACUGGAAUCUGGCAGAUGCGUCACCUCAAAAGCUUCUUUGAGGCCAAGAAGCUGGUGUAGUAUCCUCUCCAUAUGAUCCCUCCCCAUCACCUCAAUUACUUGGUACUUUCCCCACCUGAUACCUUAUCCACGUGGAUUUUGAGGGAAAAAAAAUGAAAACAGUAUAUAAGCCACAUUGGUUCCAUGGCAACAAAGCAUUCACAUCAGCCACUCGUUCACACUGGUUCACGAGGACCCAGGACAUUGGUCCGGGUUUUCAGAGGUCUGUUUUGGGGCCUGUUCAGAGUCGAAACUGCCCUGGGACUAAGUCUUGCUUCUCACCUCCAGUGAUUCCACUCCAUCCUGUCACAAAAAAGAGCAAGUGAAAAAUCCUCUGCCCUUCCUUUAACUUCUUUUUGUUUACUUAGGCGGUAGGUGGCUGAAAUGCCCCACCGGGGAGGCCCUGCCUCACUGUCCCUCGCCAGUCCUGGGUUAGCUCAGUGGCUUUGUGAAUGUUAAGAAGGGCAGAGGCCUCGGAGGAUUGAGAUGUUUUUCUAUAUAUUAGAACUAUUUUUUGAUAAAUUAUAUAUAUUUUACUUCCUGGUUGAAGUGCUCCUGCCUGUGUAUGACCAGCAUUGCAGCCUUGUCUGCAUUCUGUGUAUCCAUACGUUUUAGCUAAGGGCCACAGCAGGGCUCACACCUGACAGGUGCUCCCAAGGCCUACUGUGAGGGCCGAGACUUCCCUGGGACACUGGGAUUUCAAUCACUGGGCCCCAGAGCGAGGUAGUGCCAGAGCCAGCACAGGCAGGGCCCUCCUACCCUCCCACCUUCCUUUUAUUUAAGCUGUGCUAAAUGUUUUCUUCACAGGAACCACAUUUGGUUCUUCAUACAGAUUUUUCCAGUGAAAUAAAAUGUGUUGUAGUA